GUUUUAUUGCUAUCUUUCUAUACUUUGAGCCUAAUGGCAAUCCUUAAAAGCAUUGUGCUUUGUGUGCUAACAACACUUGCCACAAUAAGCUGGGCAAGAAAAGUUGAUUUUGUAGAGGAAGUGAAAUCACGAUGUGGGCUCACGAGGUAUCCAGCCUUGUGUUCUCAAACCCUGACAGAAGGAGGAUUAGCUCCAAAUGUCCAUAUGUUGUCUGCCCUUAUAAAUAAAACCCUGUCCGAAUCCAAGCUGCCCAAUUCCAAUUUCGAGGCGCUUAGCUCCCAUUUUAUCUCUCCUGAAGCACAACAAGCCCGGUUGGCCAUCGACGACUGCCACGAUCUCAUGGGCAUGUCGGUGAGAAGACUGAACCAGGCCGUGCAAGCACUAGAGACAACAAAAUCACCGGAAAAACACAAAGAGGACAUCCAGACAUGGCUGAGCGCCGCCAUAACUUUCCAGCAGGCCUGCAAGGACUCAGUCGAGGGCCACGUGGCAUCAAAUGCAUACGCAGCCGAGAUUCACAGGAAAAUGGACCAUCUUUCGGAGCUCGUCAGCAACCCGUUGGCCCUCACAAACCAGAUCACGAAAGACCCAACUGCAAAAUUAUUUCCCAAGGGUCGCGGGCUUAACAGCUUCCCGGGCUGGGUGUCUGGGCCCGAUAGGAAACUGCUCCAGUCCACGGAAAUAAGAGCAAAUGCUGUGGUGGCUAAGGAUGGGAGCGGAGACUACACUACGGUGACGGAGGCUAUACGGGCUGCGUUUGGGGCCCGGUUUGUGAUAUAUGUGAAAUCCGGGACGUAUAACGAGAGGAUCAACAGUAAUAAGGAUGGGAUUAUGUUGAUUGGCGAUGGGAAAUACUCGACGAUUAUUACUGGGAGUGGGAGUGUGGCCAAAGGCUCCACUCUUCGGGGGUCUGCAACUUUCACAAUCACUGGCGACGGGUUCAUCGCCCGCGACAUCGGGUUCUCGAACACGGCCGGGCCACACGGGGAGCAAGCAGUGGCCCUGACUGUUUCCUCCGACCGCUCAGUAAUGUACCGCUGCAGCAUCGCCGGGUACCAAGACACCCUCUACGCCCUCUCCCUCCGCCAGUUCUACCGCGACUGCGACAUCUAUGGCACAAUCGACUUCAUCUUCGGCAACGCGGCCGCCGUCCUCCAGAGCUGCAGCAUCGUUCUCCGCCAGCCCCGUCUCGGUGGGGCCUACAAUGUCGUCCUCGCCAGCGGCCGCACAGACCCUGGCCAGAACACGGGCUUCGCAGUCCACAACUCCCGCAUCUCCGGCUCCGGAGGCUCGUUCCUCGGACGCCCGUGGAAGCAGUACGCGCGUGUCGUCGUCAUGCGAACGAACAUCGAUGCCUCCAUCUCUGGCCCAGGCUGGGUCCAGUGGCCAGGGGCCGACGCCUCCACAUACCGGACGUUGUAUUUUGCCGAGUAUGACAAUAUGGGGCCAGGGGCAAGGCUUUCCGGGAGGGUGGGGUGGCCCGGGUUUAGGGUUAUUGGGUCGGCCGAGGCCGAAAAGUUUACGGUGGCGAACUUUAUUGGAGGGAAUUCGUGGCUGCCGUCCACUAGGCUCACAGGUCACGGCCUGCCACACCGAUUCCGGCACGCCACCGCCACCACAACUGCAACGAGUCCGCCGACCACGUCGCCGCCGUCGUCAGACCGCUGCCGCGAUCCGUCCGUCAAGUCCGGCAAAGCUCACGGCGAAGGUGUUCCAGUCGACGGCCACCGCAAUCGAAGCUGUCAACAAACCUCCACCUGGCCUCCUCCUUCAGCCACCAGUCCGCCGCUUCGCCUCAUCCAUCCGGCCACAACAUUCUCGCCUCAGCUCCGCCAUCCGCCGUCCGCCAUCAUCCUCCAAUCGCAGGUCACCGCCAUCCUCCAUCCUCAUCACCUCCGCCAUCAAUCCGGCCACAGAGUCCUCGCCUCGCCGGCACACUUCACCUCCGCCAUGUCACCUCUUCACCGGAGAAGUUGCAGGUCGCGGGCGAUAACCACCACCAUACCGAGCCAGCCCUCGCCCGCCGCCACUGAGCCCACUUCAGCCAAGGUCAUGACGGACCCUCCGAUGAUGCCGGUGUGGCCCCUGCCGGCCGACAGUCGCAGAGAGGGGCAAAUCCGGCGGCGCGUGGUGGUGGAAGAGAUGUCGUCUCGACCUCUGAUAACUGGUGACGGUCCCCUGAAGUGGAGAGUUGUGAUGAGGGUGAGGGGCGAAAUCGAAAAAUGUAGGGGGCGGCAGCGGCGGAAGAAAACGGUGACGACUUGCAUGUGGAUGGCGGUGGUGGAGAAAGGCGGCGGUUGGGGCGGAAGAAAACGGCGACGACUUGAAGGUCCAAAUUUUUCGUGUUUGGAAAGACGAGCCAUUUCCGAGACAUUUCCCGAGCCACGAGGAGAAAAAGAUUUGAAGAGCGUGGGUCGAAAUUUCGAGUCAAUCGGAGAAGCGGGUGAGAAGUUAGAGCAAAUCGAGCAUCAAGGGGUCAUCGGGAUAAAAUUCGCGAGCCGCGAAUUCAGACUCGCGACCUGCCAAAAUUCACGAGUUCCCUCAUGCCGUUUGCCCGCGAGUUUUGGUGUUCGAGCCUCGAAAUCCUCUUCCCUCGCGUGUUCUUCCCUCAUGCUGUUUGCCCGCGAGUUCUGUUUUUCGAGCCCUCGAAAUUGCUUUUGCCCGCGAGUCCACCUGCUGCCAGCGAAAUCAGCUCGCGAAAUCCAAGCCAAAACUCGCGAGUGA